CGCGAUAUCAUACACCAACAGCAGCCGCGGGGUCCACUCUGCUCUUUGUGAUACGUUAUAAUUUCCUUCGAGGACAAGAGAGGGAAAGCAAUACCGACAAGAUGGUGAACAUCACGGAGAAGAUCAAGGAGAUCGAGACGGAGAUGGCGAGGACGCAGAAGAACAAGGCGACAGAAUAUCAUCUCGGUCUCCUCAAAGGCAAACUCGCCCGUCUCCGCGCCCAAUUACUCGAGCCCGCCCCUGGCGCAGGAGGCGGCGGGGGUCAGGGCUUCGAUGUCUCGAAAAGCGGCGACGCCCGCAUAGCCCUCGUCGGCUUCCCCUCAGUCGGAAAGUCAACCUUCCUAUCCAAAAUCACAAAGACCAAAUCCGAAAUCGCUGCAUAUUCCUUCACCACAUUGACCGCCAUCCCCGGUGUCCUGGAGUACGGCGGUGCAGAGAUUCAAAUCCUCGAUCUGCCUGGUAUCAUUGAAGGCGCCGCUGAGGGCAAGGGAAGAGGAAGACAAGUCAUCUCCGCCGCGAAGACGAGCGAUAUGAUCCUCAUGGUGUUGGAUGCAACGAAGAAGGCCGAGCAGCGGCGCCUACUCGAAGCAGAACUCGAAGCCGUAGGCAUACGACUAAACCGUGAACCACCCAACAUCUACCUCAAGCCCAAGAAAGCCGGCGGCAUGAAAAUCACCUUCCAAUCCCCGCCCAAGAACAUCGACGAGAAAAUGGUCUUCAACAUCCUACGCGACUACAAGAUCCUCAACUGCGACGUCCUCGUCCGCGACGAGAACGCCACCGUCGACGACUUCAUCGACACCAUCAUGGCGCCGCAUAGAAAGUACAUCAAGUGCUUGUAUGCGUACAACAAGGUCGAUGCGAUCUCGCUGCAGCAUCUGCGCGAGUUGGCGAGGGAGCCGCAUACGGUUGUUAUGAGUUGCGAGCUUGAUUUGGGGAUACAGGACGUUGUCGAGCGGUGCUGGCAGACGCUGCAGCUCAUGCGCAUCUACACAAAGCGCCAGGGCGUGGAUCCCGACUUCAGCGAGGCGCUGAUUGUGCGGACGGGCAGCACCAUCGAGGAUGUGUGCGACCAGAUCCACCGGACACUCAAGGAGACGUUCAAGUACGCGAUGGUGUGGGGUGCGAGCGCGAAACACGUGCCGCAGCGGGUCGGACUAGGGCACGUAGUUGCGGACGAGGAUGUUGUGAGUAUCAUUUCGAGUUACAGAGCUUAAUUCAGUCGCAACGCAACUGGGGUACAAUCAAUCAAAUCAUUCGUUGUACAUAGAAGAAGUGUGCACAGCGGAACGGAAUCCAUG